GCAACUUCCAAACAGUCUUUAUAAACACAGGCGAAAGCAUACUCGUAGUGGGUGGGAAAACCACUCUCUAGUUCCAUCGGGGAGUGAAUCGGGGUUCACAUCCCGCGGCACAAUGACAAUGUCACCUUCCAUCGUCGUCGUCGCGCUCAACCUCCUCCUCUUCCUCGCCGAUGCGGCGCUGGCCACGGAGCCCGCGCACUUUCUUGGCGUCAGCUACGGCACGCUGGGCGACGACCUCCCGCCCCCGCACGUGGCCCUCGAGCUCGCCAGGUCAGCCGGCGCUGCCGCGGUCAGGUUCUACGAUUCCAACGCCACCCUCCUGGCCGCGGCCUCCUCCUCCGGCCUUGGCUUCGUCCCGGGCGUCCCCAACGAGCUCAUACCCUCCCUCUCCGCGUCCCGGCGCGCCGCGGACGCCUGGGUCGCGUCCACGCUCCUCCCCUUCCGCCGCAACCCCCGCCUCCGCUACCUCUUCGUCGGCAACGAGGUGCUCUCCGACCCGACCACCAAGUCCCGCUGGUCGCAGCUCGUCCCCGCCAUGGCCAACCUCCACCGCGCGCUCCGCCGCCACGGCCUCGGCCGCGUCAAGGUGAGCACCACGCUGGGCAUGGACGCUCUCGUCGGCCAGAACGUGUUCCCGCCGUCCGCGGGGGUGUUCCGCCCGGACAUCGUCGACGUCGCCGUGCGCCCGCUCCUCGCCUUCCUCGAGCGCACCGAGUCUUACCUCUUCGUCGACACGUACACCUACUUCACCUGGACCGCGAACCACACCGUGGUGCCGCUCCCCUACGCGCUGCUCGAGGCUUCGAAGUUCCGGUACCACGACCCCGGCACGGGGCUGUCGUAUACCAACCUCCUCGACCACAUGCUGGACGCCGUGGUCGCCGCCAUGUGCGGCGCGGGCCACUGCGGCGUGAAGCUGGCGCUGGCCGAGACCGGCUGGCCCAAUGCGGGCGACCUGGACCAGUUCGGCGCCAACGUGCGGAACGCGGCCACGUACAACCGCAACGUGGCGCGGCACCUGGCGUCCGGGGCCGGCACGCCGCGGAGGCCCGGGAUGAUGCGCAUGCCGGCGUUCGUGUUCGCGCUCUUCAACGAGGACCUCAAGGGAGGACCCGGGACGGAGCGGCACUGGGGCCUCUUCUACCCCAACAGCAGCGCGGUGUACGAGGUCGACCUGUCGGGGCGCCGGACUGCCGCGUCGUCGUACCCGCCGCUGCCUCCGGCGACCAACGACGCGCCGUACCCGGGCAAGCUGUGGUGCAUGACUAAGAAGCUGGCGAACGGGACGGCGGUGCGGGAGCAGGUGGCGGCGGCGUGCAAGGACGAGGCCGCGCUGUGUGAUCCCGUGCGGCCCGGCGGCCGCUGCCACCUGCCGGACACGGUGGCCGCGCACGCCAGCUACGUCUUCAGCGCGCACUGGAACAGGUUCAGCAAGCAGUACGGUGGCUGGUGCUACUUCGCCGGCCUCGCCGUGGAGACGACCAUCGACCCUAGUCAUGGAUCAUGUAGAUAUCCCAGCGUUAUACCUGGCUGAAAAAGGCUCAGCAACUGCUACGCCCCCAUGAAAUAAGAUCAUCAAAUGAACAAUGGAUGAUCCGAUCUAUCUUGUUGUAA